AUGUCAAAUCCUAAUAUUAUCAACAAGAAAUUUACAGGGCCAAACUUGAAUGUCACAUUGAUUUGUCCUGAUUGCAAACAGUUCCCCCCAGAUUUAGUAGAACGAUUCAGCGAAGGUGAUAUAAUAUGCGGUCAAUGUGGACUCGUUCUAAGUGAUCGAAUAGUUGAUACUAGGUCAGAAUGGAGAACUUUCCAAAAUGAUGAUAAGAACACAGAUGAUCCAUCGCGUGUUGGUGACGCAAGCAAUUCAUUAUAUGACAACGAAGAUUUGACAACCAUGAUUUCAUAUGCCCCCAAUUCAAACUCCAGUGGUUCCAAGAAUAACUUGAAUAAAAUUCAACAAAAAAGUCUUGUUGAUAAAAAGAACUAUGCCCUACAGACGGCUUAUCAAAAGAUUUCCGAACUAUGUAAUGGUUAUCAGUUACCUAAAUCAGCAAGUGACGCAGCCAAACAUUUGUAUAAGGCAGUGAGAGAAGAUAGAUUAUUGAAGGGAAAGACUCAAGAUUCAAUCAUGGCAGCUGCUAUCUUAUUGGGGUGUAGAAGAGCUGAUGUUCCCAGAACUCUAGAGGAAAUUAGGGCCCUAACAAAUGUCCCCACAAAACAAAUUGCCAAAGUUACCGGUUUGAUAAAGAAGAUUAUUCGUUCACACCUCAACAAUGAAGAUGCAUCGACAUCGAUAGUGGAUGAAACAAGUAGUUUGACCACCCAUUCUGCCGAAGAUUUGAUAAGAAGAUUUUGUUCUCAUUUAGGGUUAAGUUUGACCAUAACCAGUGCAUCUGAGUAUGUUGCUAGAAAGUGUCACGACCUUGGAGUGCUAGCUGGUAGAUCACCAACAACAAUAGCGGCAACAUCGAUUUUCCUUGCUGCAAAACUGCUUGGAGAUACCAAAUUAACUCAACAGCAAAUAAGAGAUAAAACAGGUGUCAGUAUUGGAACAAUUAAAAAUUCAUACAAGAUAUUACAAGAAAACGCAAAAGAUUUAAUAGACCCUGCCUGGGAAGAAAGCGGGAAAAUGAUGAAAGAAAAUAUUUCCAAAAGCUAA